CUCCAACGGUUAUUUGGCAAAAAAAGCCAUUGGCCAGCAUUAUUUCGACGUGCCCUAGCGAGCGGUGCCGAGCGUUUGGUCUGGCACACGUCGGGACGUAUUAAAACGUCACCCAACCGGAGAGAGAGAGAAACAGAUGGAGGGAAAUGUUAUAAUAGCCCAACACACGCACACACACACUCUGUAAAUCAAUGACCAGUUGAAGCUCGUCUCAGCGAGCCCGGGGGGUGAUUAUGAUCUAUGGAAGCCAGUGCCAGUCGUCGACACCCUUCCUUCCAGCGGACAACCAUGUUGUGUAGCCCAGUCGGUAGUACUACGCCUUCGAUAAUCACAUUAUGGAGCAGCGGCGGCAGCGGUGGCGGUGGCGGCGGCCAGUCUGUUGCUGCUACUAGGCAGAGAUAAAAAGAACGAAAGAAGAAGAACAUGGGAGAAUCAUUAUUAUGGAUUAUCGACUCUUGUACCGUACGCUCUAGCGCGCCCAGCUAUCUGUAUACUAGCAGUCUAGUAGUCAUGGAAGGCAGGUAGUGUGUAUAUAGCGGCAGCCCGCAAGUGCUCCUACUACGACUGUGUAUGUGUGGCAAAAGAAGAAGCGGUUCCCUCCGUUUCUUCUUUUUUGGGCGUCAGGAACCAGUUGCCCUGCGCAUCCGCCGGGAGAAAACGGCGGAAAAGAAACGGUGGGGGGGGCCUGAAAGUGGGGUGGAAGAGCUAUUGGUGACACUGGGUGGUGUCCCACCCGACUGGCAAGUUGACGGACACCACCUCUCUACUAGUACUAGUACUUGUCUGUCCUUUGGACCGAACAAACACAUCUCUCAUCGUGUGUGCUCUCUCUCUCUACAGCGGUUGAGGAACGUUUUUGUAACUUUUCUCUCGUGUGCAACCACUGCAGAACGGAGCGUCUACUUUCUAUAGGAAUUCCAUCACAGCGAAAUGACAUGCUGGAAUCGAAGCUUGCCCGGAAGAUGAGAUUCCAUUGCGGAAUUAUUAACACAAGCCUUGUCGUUUUCGUUGUCAUCAUCAUCUUUCAUCUAGCCGGCCCGACCACCGCGUCAGCAACUACUCUAACCGAGCCGGCCAAUACUUGUCUCAAGCCGUGCGUCUGCAAAUGGAAGGGCGGAAAGGAGAGCGUUUCUUGCCACCAGGCCGGCUGGACGGAAAUCCCAUCCAGCGGAUUGGAGAGCACCAUUCAGGUGCUGGACUUGAGUGGUAAUCCGCUCUCGCAGCUGGCGGCCAACGAAUUCCGCCAACUGGGACUGACUCAUCUCCAGCGGGUCAUUCUGCAACGUUGCGCUCUUCGGCACAUUGACGGAACGGCUUUCUACGGAUUAACCAAUUUGGUCGAAUUGGAUCUCAGCCACAACGUCUUGUCGUCCAUCCCGACCCAGGCCUUCCAGUUCUUCCCCGAACUGCGCGAGCUCAAACUCAACGGCAACCCGCUCCUCCGAUUGGCCGGACAGACCUUCGCUUUGGCCACCAAAUUGAUCCGUCUCGAGAUCGCCAAUUGCCAACUCAAUCACAUCGAUCAGAAAGCGUUUCACGGUUUAGAGCUUCUCGAAUGGCUGCGGCUGGACGGCAACUUGAUUGAAGUGCUUCCAACCGCCACGCUGGGCCCGUUGCGCACCCUGAGGGGCAUCGAUCUCCAUCACAACCCUUGGAACUGCACUUGUCCACUCCGGCCACUCCGGUCAUGGCUGGCCGCCCGCAACAUGCCCUUCUCCGUUCCGCCUCUUUGUCUCUCGCCGCAACGACUGCGGGGGCAAUCGUGGAACCGGAUGCCCCUGGAGGAACUCGCCUGUCCGCCCAGAAUUCAUCCGGCGGAUUCGUUAGUGCAGGUCAUGGUCGGACAGGUGGCCAACCUCACUUGCCACGUCCAGAGCAAUCCGGAAGCUUCCGUCUUGUGGUUCUUUGCCGAGCGCUUGAUUGUCAACUUGACGACGCCGGAAGAGACUCCGCCACCGACUGCAGUCACGUCCAGCACAUCCAACGCCAACGUCAACCAGAUCUACUAUCUCCGCGAGAUCAGCGACAGGAUCGACAGGACGGACAAGACGAGCACUUUGGUCCUGGCCACCGCCAGGGAGCAGGAUUCCGGAUUCUACGUUUGCCAGGCCACCAACCGGGCCGAGAGAGUGUCGGCCAACAUCACCUUGCUGGUCAAAUCCAACGGCAUCGACUUGGCAGCCGGCCAACUGAGUCGCGGACUCACGGCCGGCCUCAUUCUGGCCAUUUUCGGUAUGUUGAUCUUGGUCCUGUUGAUCUGCUGUUUGUGUUCGCUGAAACGGGCCCGGAUGCACGCGAGUUUGCGCCACAGGCGGCCUUCCAUGGUCAUGGGAGUGGCCUCCAUGAACGGGCAGAACUCUGGCAGCAUGUUCGACAAGCUGGAUCAGAUGGAUAACUUCCUCCGGCGCCAGUCUACCGCCUCGGACAAUUACAAGAGCCAUCAGAACGGAUUCGCGUUCAAAUCCGGCACGAUGGACAGCAGCGCCAUGGAGAACGGGACCGGAUCGUCGUACGAGCCCAAAGUGGAGACGCGAUUAUUCCAGGAUAAGCAGUGGCUGGUGAACAAUCAGCCGGCCAAACCCUCGCCCGAGAUUAAGCUGCCGACCAACGAUGCGGAAGUGAUGACGGAGCCGAUGAUGGUCGAUGGCCAGCACCGACAAAUCGCCAUGUACCAAAACAAAGUCAAAUUCAAUGCGGAUGCCGAGAAUCAACAGUCGACUCGCCGCUCUUCCAUCCUCAAGGCGGACAAGGCGACAACAUCUCCGAGUCCGUCACGCAAUUAUCCGGAUCUGGUGGACUUUUUGCCCGAGGGCGACUAUUCGCCCGGCUCCAGUGACUUGACGUCCAAUCAGGAGGACAUGGAAUUGAUCCAGCUGAAACGGGAAACGCCGCCCAUCUUCCCGACUUCGCGCUUCCACUUUCACCACCGACACGAGCCGGCCUUCCCUCCAGCAGCUGGGCGGAGGGCCAUCCUGGCGUCUUCGUCGGGCCCUUGCGCUCAUCGACGGCGACUGUCCGACUGGGAACUGAACGAUCUGGACGACGACCUGCAACAGGAGCCCUCGCCGGCCACCAUCUUCUACCCGGCCCAGCACGUCGUCCAGCCUUCGUCGGGCAGGGACAGUUUCGACUCUGAGCUGGACGGCGGUGGCCAAAUGGAGUUGAUCCGCCGUCACAAUUCCGAGGAAGUCUUUGACGAGGACUUUCACCGCCGCUACGCCUACCACACGGGCCAGCUGAAUCGGUUCCUGUUCGAGUACCGUGCCCUGCAGAAGCGGCUGGCCCAAAUGCAGGACACGUGGGGCCGAUGCCUUGACGACGAGUCCAUCGAUAGCCGGCCCACGGUCCGCCACCAACAGCAUCUCCGCCAGCAGUCCCAGCCUCAUCAUCAUCAUCUUUCGAAUCUCCCGCACGUCCAUCAACGGCCUCUGCGUCCCAUUCUGAAAAAUCGAUUGCCCCGCCAUCAGACGAGGAGAUGGUCGUCUGACGAGCAGGAGCCGGAAGGCAUUCUGGAUCCGCCGGAAUUACAAAGCGACAGCUACCAAGUCCCUUCGUCCGUCGUUGACGAGCUGUAUUACAGUUGAUAACCCUUCUCAUCCGUCAUCAGAGUCUCAUCAUGUAGUACAGAAACGACGACGACGACGCAACUUAUUGCCUUUUUUUUCUACCAGUUGAGAUUGCCGACUGCCAUCGACGACGGCCAAAAGGAGCCCGGCGAAAAUUCCCCCCAAACCCAAACCAAAAAAAGCGAAAAAAACAUGGAUGCAAUUAGCUCUCCUUCUUCUUCUUCUUCCGUCCUUGUAAUUAGCUCGUCCCAUCUCGCCUCUUUCCUGUCCCUCAAAUAAUAGUGUGUUGUACCAUUCAGAUUUAUUACGAGCUCGACGUUGUGUGCAGUGCCACAGUCCUAGUUAUCAGGAUUACCGGUUCCCAAUUGGCGCAUUACCAUCUCGUAAUGAACGGAUUAGAUUGCCUUCCGCUGCAAUGGAGAGAAACGAAACAGUUUCGCCACCAUAUCCACGGCUCGAUUGCCUAGACGACGGCCCAGUUUUUAUUUUUCUUUACUCGUUUCCCGCCGAAUGUUUU